UGAUCCUCGUCACAGGCGUGAGCGGCUACAUCGGCUCCCACGUCGCCAAGCUGCUCCUUGAGGAAGGCUACAAAGUCCGAGGCACCGUCAGGAGUCUCUCCAACGAGGCCAAGGUCGAGCCCCUCAAGAGCCUGGUGCCCGAUGCCAAGUUCCCCCUCGAGCUGGUGGAGGCCGACCUCACCAGGCCGUGGAAGGGUGCACGGGCGUCCUCCACGUGGCCAGCCCUUUCCCCGACCUCGUGAACCAACAGGUGGAGGAGGCAGGACUCGUGGACACGGCGAAGGACGGCACGCUGCAGGUCCUGAAGGCUGUCGCCGCUCACGCCGCAGCCUCCGUCAAGCGCGUUGUGGUCACGUCCUCUUUCGCUGCGGUCUCCGGAGAGCCAGUGCCAGACGGCGAGAAGACAUACACGGAGGAGGACUGGACGGACGCAGAGAGCACCACCAUAGACGCUUAUACGAAAUCGAAGGUCGUGGCGGAGAAAGCGGCCUGGGAUUUCGUCAAGGAGCUGCCAGACGACCAGAAAUUCGAGCUGGCGGUGAUUAACCCGACCUUCGUGCUGGGGCCGCCGCUGCUCGAGUCCCACAAGAGCGCCACGUCGGUCAACUUCAUGGCGCAGAUCGUCAACAGAGCCUACCCCGGGGUGCCGCGCGUGCAGUUCCCCAUCUGCGACGUGCGCGACGUGGCGAAGGCUCAUGUCAAGGCCCUAACAGCCCCUGAGGCCGUGAACAACCGCCACAUCAUCAGCACGGACAGCGUUUGGGUGAAGGACAUAGCCAUGGCGGCCUCGAAGGAGUUCAAACCCCAGGGGUACUCGAUUCCCACGGGGCAGCUUCCCUAUUUCCUCUGCUGGGUGGCUGGGCUCUUCAAUAAGGGCAUGAAGAACAAUAUCCUGCCGCGUCUGGGGAAGCAGAUUAAUGCUAGCAACAAGAGGAUGGUCGAAGUGCUGGGUGUCGAACCAACUGCUAUCGAUUGCACCGUGCAAGACAUGGUUUACGCUCUCGUUGAUCUCGGCAUCGUCCGCAAGGCUAAGAAAUACAAGCAGGUUGGAUCUCGAGCAGAGGUUCCGGCUGCAUUGAAACGCAGGAGUAAGAGUGAAGACUUUUCGGAACUCUCAAAAUUUCGCAUUUGGAUCAGCCUGAGUUUCGACAGCCCUACUGACUGCGGGGCGAUGCUGCAGACCUAUGAGUGAAGAGGCAGAUUGAGAUCGUGUCAGCCAGAGUGU